AUGGAAACCUCCCCACUAGCCGAGAUCGCCAAGGCCCUCGCCACCCUCCACCAAAAUCAACACCAAGCGUUCCUCGACCUGUGCCAGCAGCAGCAGCGGCACUUCGAAGCCCUCGCGCAGGAGCAGGCCAAGAGCCAGCAGGCGCUCCAGAAGCUGCUGCACCCCAACAAAUCUCCAUAUUGUAAGAGUUAUAUAAAGAGUAAGAUAGAUUUAUUUUGUAUUUAUAAGGAUAUUUUUGGUCUAAAUUCUACACGUGGUGGAUCUUCAAGCGUCGGCUGUCUGAAGGCUGACGUCACCAAGUUUUACAGAAUGUCGAGAAAUAUUACAGUAGCAGCAAUCCUCAUGUUAAUGACAGGGUUUCAGGCUCAGCACAGUGGAGCCAGUGCAGCACCCCUCUCCUCUCAGAGUCUCUGUGCUGUUACUGGAUCUACAGUAAAAAUCCCCUGUACAUUUACAAAACCUUACCACUCCAGUGUCACACAGAGAAAGUGGUAUCGAGUCCAGAGCUCUGAAGGAGAACCACAAGACCUGAGCAAAGAUCCACAAUACUCAGGACGAGUGUCUGUAAACACAGUGAUGUCUGACUGUGAUCUGACAUUGAGAUAUGUGAGAAUGAGUGACUCUGGAGUUUAUAACUUUAGAUAUAAAACACAGAGAAGUGUCUGGAUAUCAGCCUCAUCUGGAGUUCGACUGACUGUUACAGAUCUGCAGGUGAAGGUGGAUCCUAACACUGUAGGACAGAGAGAAGUGAAAGUGACCUGUAGCUCCACCUGCAGCAUCAGCACAUACAGUUUCUACUGGUACAGGAAUGGCAAUUUCUUCAGAUAUACCACUGACGCCUCCAUUGUGCUCUACUCACCCAGUCUAUAUGAUGAAGGCAGCUACUCCUGUCGGGUGUAUGGGAGUGAACACCGCUCUCCUCCAGUGUGUGUACUGGGUAAAGAGUGUUGGGGUGUGACUUACACUCCUGAACAUGUGUGUGCUCUGAAAGACACAUCGAUUGAUCUGUCCUGCUCUUAUAAACACCCUGCAGGCCAUACAGUGAAAAAAUCAGUGUGGUUCAUUAAACAGCAAGCUGGUGUUGAACCUGAGGAUGUGAGAGAGGAUAAGGAGUAUCAGGGCCGAGUGCAGUACACACACAGCUCCCAGAAUAACUGUAGUCUGAGAAUCACUAACCUGAGAGAGAGAGACACUCAAACCUACAGAUUCAGAUUCUACACUGAUGGGGGCAAUUACACCGGCCAACCUGGAGUCUCUCUGUCUGUCACAGAUCUGAAGGUUACAGUAUCAGACUUGAGUAAUGGGUAUAAAAAGCUGAGCUGUUUCACCACCUGCACUCUGCCUAACAACCCCACUUACAUCUGGUACAAGAACAGACAGCGUGUCACUGACCAGGACAGAAAUGAACUGUAUGACAGUAGUGAGGAUGCAGGCAGCUACUCCUGUGCUGUAAGAGGACAUGAGGAGCUUCGCUCUCCUGCUGUCUGUGUUUUUGAUGAGAAGAGCUGCUGGAGUGUGACUUACUCCACCCAGACCAUCUGCUCUCUGAUUGGCUCAUCAGUGGACAUACUGAGUUACUAUACCUUUCCUAACAAUCAGAAAAUGACAAAAGUGUUCUGGUUCAUUAAACAGCAAGCUGGUGUUGAACCUGAGGAUGUGCAAGAGGAUGAGGAGUAUCAGGGCCGAGUGCAGUACACACACAGCUCCCAGAAUAACUGUAGUCUGAGAAUCACUAACCUGAGAGAGAGAGACGCUCAAACCUACAGAUUCAGAUUCUACACUGACCAAGACAGAUACACUGGCCAACCUGGAGUCUCUCUGUCUGUCACAGAUCUGAAGGUUACAGUCUCAGACUUGAGUGACCAGUACAUGAAGCUGAGCUGCAUCACCACCUGCACUCUCUCUAACAACCCCACUUACAUCUGGUACAAGAACGGACAGCGUGUGUCUGACUGUAAAUCUGCCUCCUGCUCUGUAGCUGCAGUCAGUGGUGCGGUCAGUUACAGCUGUGCUGUUGAAGGCCAUGACAGUCCAGUGUAUUCCCCUAAAGACACCAGUGCAGUGGUUCUUUCCUCUGGAGACACAGUGGAGGGGGAUUCAGUGACUCUGAGCUGUAGCAGUGAUGCAAACCCUCCUGUUCUCAACUACUCCUGGUUUAAGCAGAGAGCAGCUGCAGACACACUGCUGACAACAGGCCAGAAUUACACAAUCAGCAGCAUCAGCUCCCAGCACAGUGGACUGUACUACUGCACUGCUCACAACCAGCUGGGACAGCACAACUCUACACCAACACACCUGGAUGUGUUAUAUUCCCCUAAAAACACCAGAGCAGUGGUUCUUUCCUCUGGAGACACAGUGGAGGGGGAUUCAGUGACUCUGAGCUGUAGCAGUGAUGCAAACCCUCCUGUUCUCAACUACUCCUGGUUUAAGCAGAGAGCAGCUGCAGACACACUGCUGACAACAGGCCAGAAUUACACCAUCAGCAACAUCAGCUCCCAGCACAGCGGACUGUACUACUGCACUGCUCGCAACCAGCUGGGACAGCACAACUCUACACCAACACACCUGGAUGUGUUAUGUAAGUGCAGUGUAAAACCUUUAUGUGGCUGUAUAAAGUAGAUGUUUUAAAGCAAAAUUCUUCUAGUAAUGACAUUUCUACACAAAAGGCUAUGCAAUUCCUGAACCACAAUUUGUGUGGAAAAAAGAAAUAGCAUGUUUUAAAUAAAACAAUGAGAUAAUAACUCAAAAUAUUGAUAUAACGUCU